AAGACAGAAUGACAGUCACAAAGAUUCCUUCCACAUCUUCAUUUGUAAUAUUGUCUACACCUGUGUUUCUUUCUUGAUCUGAGGUUGGCUUUUAUGGGUGAAUUCGAAAGGGGGACUCCAUGGAUUGCUGACAUGGAGCUCAUUUGACAACAAGUUACAAGAUUUUGCAUAAUUUGCAGGUGGGUUUCCUUCUUUAUGGGCUUUUGAUUUGAAUCAUUGCUAGUUUUUUCUUGUUGAAUUAGGAAAGUUUAUGAAAGGUUACUAUUCAUGGGUUUAUAGAGCUGAUAAAGCUCUUGGUACUCCAUGAAAGCUAUCUUCAUCUGUAGUUGGACAUCGAAAGAGAAAGGAAAGAUGUCCUUCCACACAUUGAUUUACUCGUCACAUUUGUUGGGCAAAUUAAACAAGCAAAAGAUUCUGCAUAAAACAAGGAUGAAUCCAGUUCUAGUUGUAACCCCAGUUCUAGUGAGGGAUAAUAAAUCCCGCUCUACGAAAAGUUUCAGCGUAAAUUCAGCUUCAGUGAAUAGUAUGAAUCCUAUUAAAGGUUGCUCGUUAUCUCAGCCAGAUGCUGUGGGAAUAAUUGGAGGUGUGUCAGCUGAUGCCACACUGGAUUUUGUUAGAAAGCUUGUAAACUGGAGCAAUGAGGAUAAAGAAGACGGCAAUGGCCUUCCCUUUGUUCUUUGCUCAGAUAUGGUUUUAAACAAGAGCCUUUUACGCCAUGAUCAUUCUUCACAGGAGAAUGAUUACACGCAAAUUGUGGAAAAUUUGAGACAUAAAAGAGUUUUUCUUGAGAGAUCUGGGGCUUGUUGUAUUGUGAUGCCUUGUCAGACAUCACAUUCAUGGUAUGAUGAAGUUUCAGAUGGGUGUUCUGUUCCUGUACUACAUAUGGGCGAGUGUGUAGCAAAGGAGCUUAAGGAAGCUAAGUUAAAGCCACUUGAAGCUGGAAGUCCUUUGAGAAUUGGGGUUCUUGCCACUGAUGCAACUCUAAAAGCAAGAUUCUAUCAUGAUAAACUUCAGAAGGAGGGCUUUGAGGUUGUGAUGCCAGAUAAAGCCACAAUGGAACAUACAAUAAUCCCAUCAAUUGAAGCCAUAAGAAGAAAAGACAUAGAAGGAGCACAAAACCUGUUGAGAAUUGCGUUACAGGUGCUUCUUAUGAGGGCUGUGAACACCAUCAUCCUUGCAUCAGAUGAUAUGAGGGAACUUUUGCCACGGGAUGACCCUCUGUUAAGAAAAUGUGUUGACCCACUUGAUUCAUUAGCCAGGUCAACCAUCAAGCUCGCUCAAUCUACCGUGAAAGAUUCUUAAAGAUUGCAUACAGAAGAAAUAGAGGAUUGGUGCAUCAUUAUUUUGUGUACUGCUAAUAAAAUAAAUCUUGAUACC